GUUAUUUUCUUGGGGAUUGUGGCUGUGGCAUUGGCUCAGGAGGUGCCAGUAGCAAUUGUUCGUCAGGCUCAGGACAUCUCGCCUGAUGGUACCUACAGUUACAGCUAUGAAACUGAGAAUGGAAUCAGAGCAUCAGAAGAGGGUCAUCCAGGCCCAGUGAACGAAGAAGGUGCACCAGCUGUUGUUGCUCAAGGACAAUUCGAGUACACAGCUCCCGAUGGUACACCCAUUUCCGUUUCCUACACAGCCAAUGAGAAUGGAUUCCAGCCUCAAGGAUCUCAUCUCCCUGUUGCUCCACCAGUACCAGCGCAAAUUGCCCGAGCAAUUGACUACAUACUCUCCAAGCAGCAUUGAUUUAUGUAAUUAAUUCAUUAAUUUCUCUCACUGUAAACUGUUAAUAAACUUCUCCAGCUCCAAUAAAUCAAUUCAA